UGCGGCUUGCGUCCCCGUGUGCGCACGCUCAGAGCGCAGCUCCUCUGUUGGUGGGUGGCGGCGGCGGCGGCGGCGGCGAGCGGAAGUCCUUGGGAGCGCCAGUUCCGUCUGUGUGUUCGAGUGGACAAAAUGGCGAAGAUCGCCAAGACUCACGAAGAUAUUGAAGCACAGAUUCGAGAAAUCCAGGGCAAGAAGGCAGCUCUUGAUGAAGCCCAAGGAGUGGGCCUUGAUUCCACAGGUUAUUAUGACCAAGAGAUUUAUGGCGGAAGUGAUAGCAGAUUUGCUGGAUACGUGACAUCAAUUGCUGCAACUGAACUUGAAGAUGAUGACGAUGACUACUCAUCAUCUACAAGUUUGCUGGGUCAGAAGAAGCCUGGAUAUCAUGCCCCUGUGGCAUUGCUUAAUGAUAUACCACAGUCAACAGAACAGUAUGACCCGUUUGCUGAACAUCGUCCUCCAAAGAUUGCAGACCGGGAAGAUGAGUACAAAAAGCAUAGGCGGACCAUGAUAAUUUCCCCAGAGCGUCUUGAUCCUUUUGCAGAUGGAGGGAAGACCCCUGACCCUAAAAUGAAUGCCAGAACUUACAUGGAUGUUAUGCGGGAACAACAUCUGACUAAGGAAGAGAGAGAAAUUAGGCAACAACUAGCAGAAAAAGCUAAAGCUGGAGAACUAAAAGUCGUCAAUGGGGCAGCAGCAUCCCAGCCCCCCUCAAAACGAAAGCGGCGCUGGGAUCAGACCGCUGACCAGACUCCUGGCGCCACUCCCAAGAAGCUGUCAAGUUGGGAUCAGGCAGAGACCCCUGGGCACACCCCUUCUUUAAGAUGGGACGAGACACCAGGUCGUGCAAAAGGAAGUGAAACACCUGGAGCAACCCCAGGUUCAAAAAUAUGGGAUCCUACACCUAGUCAUACACCUGCGGGAGCCGCUACUCCUGGACGAGGCGAUACGCCAGGCCAUGCAACCCCAGGCCAUGGCGGUGCAACUUCCAGCGCUCGUAAAAACAGAUGGGACGAGACCCCCAAGACAGAAAGAGAUACUCCUGGGCAUGGAAGUGGAUGGGCUGAGACUCCUCGAACAGAUCGAGGUGGAGACUCUAUCGGGGAAACACCAACUCCUGGAGCAAGUAAAAGAAAGUCUCGUUGGGAUGAAACACCAGCUAGUCAGAUGGGGGGAAGCACUCCUGUUCUGACUCCAGGAAAAACCCCAAUCGGCACACCAGCCAUGAACAUGGCUACCCCCACUCCAGGUCACAUAAUGAGCAUGACUCCUGAACAGCUUCAGGCUUGGCGAUGGGAGAGAGAAAUUGAUGAGCGAAACCGCCCACUUUCUGAUGAAGAAUUAGAUGCUAUGUUCCCAGAAGGAUAUAAGGUCCUUCCCCCUCCAGCCGGCUAUGUGCCUAUUCGAACUCCAGCUCGGAAGCUGACAGCAACUCCCACACCUUUGGGCGGUAUGACUGGUUUCCACAUGCAAACCGAAGAUAGAACGAUGAAAAGUGUUAAUGACCAGCCGUCUGGGAACCUGCCAUUUUUAAAGCCUGAUGACAUUCAGUACUUUGAUAAACUAUUGGUUGAUGUUGAUGAAUCAACACUUAGUCCAGAAGAGCAGAAAGAGAGAAAAAUAAUGAAGUUGCUUUUAAAAAUUAAGAAUGGUACACCUCCAAUGAGAAAGGCUGCUUUACGUCAGAUUACUGAUAAAGCUCGAGAAUUUGGGGCUGGACCUUUGUUUAACCAGAUUCUUCCUCUGCUGAUGUCUCCUACACUUGAGGAUCAAGAGCGUCAUUUACUUGUGAAAGUUAUUGAUAGGAUAUUGUAUAAACUUGAUGACUUAGUACGGCCAUAUGUGCACAAGAUUCUUGUGGUCAUCGAGCCACUGCUGAUUGAUGAAGAUUACUAUGCCAGAGUGGAAGGCCGAGAGAUUAUUUCUAACUUGGCAAAGGCUGCUGGUCUGGCUACUAUGAUUUCCACCAUGAGACCUGAUAUAGAUAACAUGGAUGAGUAUGUCCGAAACACAACAGCUAGAGCUUUUGCUGUUGUAGCCUCUGCCCUGGGCAUUCCUUCUCUAUUGCCCUUCUUAAAAGCUGUGUGCAAAAGCAAGAAGUCUUGGCAAGCCAGGCACACUGGUAUUAAGAUUGUACAACAGAUAGCUAUUCUUAUGGGCUGUGCUAUCUUGCCACAUCUCAGAAGUUUAGUUGAAAUCAUUGAACACGGUCUUGUGGAUGAACAGCAGAAAGUUCGGACCAUCAGUGCUUUGGCUAUUGCUGCUUUGGCUGAAGCAGCGACUCCUUAUGGUAUCGAAUCGUUUGACUCCGUGCUCAAGCCUCUAUGGAAGGGUAUCCGCCAACACAGAGGAAAGGGUUUGGCCGCUUUCUUAAAGGCUAUUGGGUAUCUUAUUCCUCUUAUGGAUGCAGAAUAUGCCAACUACUAUACCAGAGAAGUGAUGUUAAUCCUUAUUCGAGAAUUCCAGUCUCCAGAUGAAGAAAUGAAGAAAAUUGUAUUGAAGGUGGUGAAACAGUGUUGUGGAACAGAUGGUGUAGAAGCAAACUACAUUAAAACAGAAAUUCUUCCGCCUUUCUUUAAACACUUCUGGCAACACAGAAUGGCUCUGGAUAGAAGAAAUUACCGACAGUUAGUUGAUACCACUGUGGAGUUGGCAAACAAAGUGGGAGCAGCAGAAAUUAUAUCUAGGAUUGUGGAUGAUCUGAAAGAUGAAGCUGAGCAGUACAGGAAAAUGGUGAUGGAGACAAUUGAGAAAAUUAUGGGCAACCUAGGUGCAGCAGACAUUGAUCAUAAACUGGAAGAACAACUGAUUGAUGGCAUUCUUUAUGCUUUCCAAGAACAGACUACAGAGGAUUCAGUAAUGUUGAAUGGCUUUGGCACAGUAGUUAAUGCUCUUGGCAAACGAGUCAAACCGUACUUGCCUCAGAUCUGUGGUACUGUUUUGUGGCGUUUAAAUAACAAAUCAGCAAAAGUUAGGCAACAAGCAGCUGACUUGAUUUCCAGAACUGCUGUUGUUAUGAAGACUUGUCAAGAGGAAAAACUGAUGGGGCACUUGGGUGUGGUGCUGUAUGAAUAUUUGGGUGAAGAAUACCCUGAAGUAUUGGGCAGCAUUCUUGGAGCACUGAAGGCCAUUGUAAAUGUAAUAGGUAUGCAUAAGAUGACACCACCAAUUAAAGAUCUCUUGCCUAGACUCACACCCAUCUUAAAGAACAGGCAUGAAAAAGUACAAGAGAAUUGUAUCGACCUUGUUGGACGCAUUGCUGACAGGGGAGCUGAAUAUGUGUCUGCAAGAGAGUGGAUGAGGAUUUGCUUUGAGCUUUUAGAACUCUUAAAAGCUCACAAGAAAGCUAUUCGAAGAGCUACUGUCAACACUUUUGGUUACAUUGCAAAGGCCAUUGGCCCUCACGAUGUACUGGCUACGCUUUUAAACAACCUCAAAGUUCAGGAAAGGCAGAACAGAGUGUGUACUACUGUAGCCAUUGCCAUUGUUGCGGAGACGUGCUCACCCUUCACAGUACUCCCUGCUUUAAUGAAUGAAUACAGAGUUCCUGAACUCAAUGUUCAAAAUGGAGUGUUAAAAUCGCUCUCCUUCUUGUUUGAGUAUAUUGGUGAAAUGGGAAAAGACUACAUCUAUGCUGUGACGCCUUUACUUGAGGAUGCGUUAAUGGAUAGGGACCUCGUGCACAGACAGACAGCUAGUGCAGUGGUACAACACAUGUCUCUUGGUGUGUAUGGGUUUGGCUGUGAAGACUCUCUGAAUCACUUACUGAACUAUGUAUGGCCUAAUGUGUUUGAGACAUCUCCCCAUGUAAUCCAGGCAGUUAUGGGAGCUCUGGAGGGCCUGAGAGUGGCUAUUGGACCAUGCAGAAUGCUGCAGUAUUGCUUACAGGGUCUCUUUCACCCAGCUCGGAAAGUCAGAGAUGUGUAUUGGAAAAUUUACAACUCCAUCUACAUUGGCUCCCAGGACGCUCUCAUAGCACAUUACCCAAGAAUCUACAAUGACGAUAAGAACACCUAUAUUCGAUACGAACUUGACUAUAUCUUGUAAUUUUAUUGUGUGUCUAAUACACAGCUGUUUCACACCUUAAACUUGCUUCGAUCUGAUGAUAUAAACUUGUAAACAUUGCAGAUCAGUGUAGAGCUGGUCAUAGGAGGGGGUAGAAAUCCAGUAGCAUGAUUUUUAAAUAACUUUUGUUUUUGACGUUAAACAGUAAACGCCAGUAGUGACCAAGGACACAGUGAUUACACACACUAUACUGGAGGGGUGUCAUUUUUUAUUCAUCUUUAUGAAGAUUUAGAAUUCAUUCCUUGUGUUUAAAGGGAAUGUUUAAUUGAGAAAUAAACAUUCGUGUACAAAAUGCUAAUUUGUGUGUGUUUUUGAAUAUAACUUGUAAAAUGCAGAACUUUGGUAAAGUAUUGGUUUGUGUAGAAUAAGUGGCCUAAUUUCAGUUUCUGUCACCUGGUUUAUUAUGGAACAUAGCAGAACACAUUAUAAAGUGAUGGUCUCCUUGUCAAGUCCAUUGUUGAUGACGAGAAGAGUACCUUUGGGCUGCUCCCCUCAGUGUAGCAUAACCAUUCCAUCACCAUAGAAAAGUAGUACUUUGAACUGUCGUGAAUAUUAUUUUGUACUUACAUAGCACCUUUCACCUCUUGAUUUCUCAAAAUGCUUUAUGAAUGGGCAGAAAGGGUUUAUUUUAAGUCAUGUCCAACUCUUAAUGGGCCUGUGUUUAGGAAGUGGAAAAGCUGUCUAUACUUCAAAAGUGUGUUCUUCCCGUUGGGAGUGAUGCUAAGAAAUGCUAGUAUAUUAACAGUCUUUGAACUUUUGUGGUAGGCCACUAAUCAGUUUAUUCAGUAAGCAGCUAUUAAAUACCUGCCGCAUGCUAGCCACUGUCCUUAGGUGCAGGGGCUGCAAAGGUGCAUAUGACCUAGCUUUUGCCUUUUGAAACCAGUAUAAUGGAAAAGGGGGCAUGCGCCGAGUCCUUAUGUACCAGGGUGCUGUGCAAUGGUAGAAGCAAAAAUGCCUGAAUUUGCUUAGUUUGUAGCAAUCAGAUAAUACAUGGGUCUAAAUGUGCAGCAUAAGCCAAAAUGCCCCUCCAGUUCUAGAACCAAGCAUUAAGGUUCUACUUUAAUGUUUUGGGGCAAUGAAUGAGUCGGUUUUCUUUCAUUAUUUUAUGCUCCAAAUUUCUUGUUUUUAAGCCUUUUCUCCCCAUCAGUGUUUUGUCUCCCUGUUUGUACUUGUGUGGAUUCUAAAGGGAAAUAAAUUCUGCCGUCGUCAGUGUGACUAGCCUGUGACUCCGCUACUCUCAAACUUCGCGGCGCACUAGGUAGUUUGUGCUCCUCUUAACAAAGGAGUCUCUGGCGGGAGCUUAGAGGAGAAACACCUUCUGCUUUGCUUUUAUAAAAUUGAUACUGAGCAUUAAAUGUUCCCAGGGAGGACACGGUUCCUUGUUCCUUGUAUGUGGUCUGACUUGUUGACAAUGUAUAUCAUUGUCUAGUAAAAUCAACCGUCAAUUUCCAAACCACUUUUUUGUUCUUAGAAUUUUUCUAGCCAUCCCCUAUGCACUUUUAAAUAUUGCUCUUUUGUAUAGUUGAUUUCAAAUAACCCUUGGUGAUUUUUAAUCUUGAGAAUUAAAUACAGUUCUCAAAGUUAAAAUUUGAUUUUAAACCAUUCUUGGGAAAAUUUAAUGUAUUAUCAGUUAAAAUAUUUAACAUAGCUUAAGUUUGUUUAUCUCCUUGCUAUUUAUGGAAAAUAAGCUUUGCAUUAGAAAUGCAGAUGAGAGGAGACUGCUUACCCCUUGAGUGACAUUUUCCUGAUGGAGGUCAUUUAAGGAUGGAUAAGGGGGGAAAAUGCUAAAGGCUCUGACCUCAAGAUUUUGACCAAAUAGACCUCCGAGUUUUGGAUUGUUUAAUGCUCUUGUUAAUAAGAAAAGCAUUUUGUGAUAAACCCUUGUGAAAGAUGUUAUGUGAAGUUUUAACUCUUCUCAGAGACCUUUAGCACUUGAUUUUGAUGUUUCUUAAGGCAAAAUUUAGGCAGGAAGAAUUAAUGUUCUUACGGGGAAAGAGGGUGGGUUUUUUUCUGGGCUUUCCCCCAUGGGCCAUUGCCCUCUGAUGGAAUUGAUUUCUUUGGCUGUUUGAUUUUUUUUUUUUUUAUAUUGUAUUUUUAAAAUUUGUUGUAUGGUGCCCUAUGAGCAUCACAUACCACCAGAUAAAUAAAAUUUAUUAUAUUUAAAGUCUUAGUAUACCAGUUCUUAAUCUCAGUUGCACUGUGUAUGCUCUGUUGUGGUUUACUAUUUUAAUUAGAUAGAGCUCCUUGGGUUGCUGGCCAAACAACUGAAGUUAAAUGCUAGGACAUGGUUUUCUUCAUGAAAUUAGGAACUGAGGUGGGCACGGUGACACAGGCCUCUUAUCCCAGCACUUGAGGCAGAGGCAGGAGGCUUGCAAGUUUCCCUAUCUGGGGGUAUAUAAGACUGCCAGGAAGCCAACAAAACAAAAAUGAAAGUAAGUUGAAAAACAAUUGCAGCUCUUAUCAGAUAAGUAGUCUGGCUCAGGUUUCCAGUGGAAUUUACAUUUUGUAAGGUUAAUUGAAGGGAUAUGAAGAUAUAAUACAGCAAUCCCAGAAUUACUCUUUCUGCACUAACAUUUUAGGUCACAUAAAUCCUAUGUGUGGGGAUGGCCUAUAAAUGUACCCCCAACUUCCGGCUUAGGUGCCAGGGACAUCCCAUCUUGUAUGUGACCACCAAAAAUGCUUCUGGGCAUCAACUUUCAUCCUUUGUGGAAGUAAAAUCUUCCAAGGUUGAGAAACACAGCUAGCUUCAGACUUGGGGGAUUUUGAAAGGCUGACUUUAAAUUCCUGGUGGUCCUUCCUCUACCUUCCUGGGGCUGGGACCACAGGAUCAUGCCACUGUGCCUAUCUGGCCUCAGACUUUAAGUAGGACUCACGCCUGCUAAAGUAUAGGAUAUGUAGAAAGCAUUUUGUUUUAAGCAAAAAUGUCUGGAAAGUAACUAGAGGUGAUACUUAGCAAAUACCUAAGACACCUAUUUGGGUAAAUGGCCAUGUAAGUUCUGUGGAAAGUCAGCUGUGAGAAUUUGUUCAGUUUUCUGUCCUCAGAGAAUCUGUAUGGUACACUUGGGGUCUGGUGCAAGAGUUGAGUGCCAUCAGCACCUAAGGAGGCUUGUUGCUCCAUUUGGACUGCUGCUGGUCUCUUAAGACCUGAGGUGAUAACAUGGAUACGUUUGGCAGACGUCAUAGCAAAGUUAGAACUCUUGAGAUCUUAGACUGCAUUUACUGUGUACUCGAGCUGCUUAAGUUGCCUUUAAGAGAACAAUGUAAUUGAUCUUCCAAUGCCUUGGAUAUCUCAUGUAAUCAGCUUUUACAACCCAAGUUAAUACAUAGCUUUUUAAUCUUAAGUUUAUGCACUCUUAAUGCUUCUGACCCAGAAUAAUGUAUGUGUAUGUUGCUGAAUGCAGCCAACAAGUUGGAAGCAACCUUAUACAACAAUGCCUGCCAUAAAUAUUGCAAGCAUCCUGUGGAUACAGCUUGAUAAUGUAUGUUUGCAGUACAGAGUGUUUCUGGGUCAGAUGGAUGGGGUCAGUAAAGUUACUUCUUCCCUUGUAAAACUCUUAUUAAAGAUUUCUGUAAAGUGUCCCUCA